AUGUCGGAGAUUGGCGAGCUCACUUCGGAUGAUAUAACAUACUUGCAGCCAUACCUUCCAAAGGAUGGUGCACUGUCCGCGCAGCAUCACGGUGGUGUUGAGAAUGGAGGUUCACAAGGACCAAGCGGCUUGAACGCAAGACAGAAGAAUGACACCCUACCUUUUGUAACCCUCACCUACGCAUCUUCUCUCGACGGCAUGAUCUCGCUGGCACCAGGUCUACGCACAACCCUCUCUGGCCCCGAAACAAAAAGCAUGACCCACUACCUGCGCUUACAGCACGAUGCUAUCCUUGUUGGCGUGGGUACAGCCAUACCUGAUGAUCCAAGUCUCAACUGUCGGUAUCCAGGUGCGACUUUCGAGACACAACCACGACCUAUUGUUCUCGAUCCACUUGGACGAUGGGACUAUGCGAGGUCCAAGCUGGCUCAGCUUACUACGGACGGGCAGGGAAAAGUACCUUGGCUCAUUCACGUACGGAGUGAAGUGGAGCUCGAGCAUGCUGCUGCAGAUUUCUGUGAGCAUGUGUAUCCCGCAGAACUUUCACGCACGUCUUCUGAAGACAGUAGUCCUGCGGAGAAUCGUCUCUCCUGGAGGGUGAUACUCACCGAGCUCAAGCGUCGUGGCAUCGAGAGCAUCAUGAUCGAAGGCGGAGCUACUAUCAUCGCCUCGUUACUUGCUCAGUCUGAGCUCGUAGACAGCGUCAUAGUCACUUUGGCGCCGACUUGGCUGGGAGCUGGUGGUGUGGCUGUGACACCUGCUGCGCGCAGUGAUGGAUCGCUAAGAGUAAAUGCUGCUCGACUGGACGCUGCGUCCUGGAGACAGUUUGGCGCGGACGUCGUGCUUUGUGGCAGACCUCGAUGA